AUGAAACUUGACACGCUGAGCGCCGACCUUUCGCCGGCCCGAGGCGGCGACAAGGUGCAGUUGACGUCGCUGGGCAAGGUGCCGAAGCCGCAUGGCCUGCAGCGCAAGCUCAAGUCGGUGAUCAAGCAGCAUCCUGCUGUCUUCACCCUGUACGAGGGCGCCGUCUCCGGCGGCGCGGAAACCGUUUCUCUCGUCGUCACCCCGUCACCGCCGGCCGCUGUCCCUCCGCAGCCUGCCUCGCCGUCGUCGCAGGGCCCGCCGGUCGCCGCGACGGAGGAGCAUACCGUCAUUGCCUUCGGCCAGCAGCUGCGCGCGGACGACGCCCUGCGCGCCCGCUGCGCCAAGAAGGACGCCUUCAAGGCCGAGUACGCCGCGUGGAAGGCCCGCGAGCUCACCGACGGGCGCAAGUGGCGCGGCGCGGCGGCGACCGUGCUCUUCCGCCUGUGGCGCUUCUCGGCGGCGCAGGGCGCGAGGCUCGGCGUGGUGCGCAUCAAGGCCGUUGUCGGCCAGCGCGUCUACUUCGCCGCGAUCGGCGCCAUGGCGGCCCUCGCGGAGAGCGUCGUCGAGCAGCGCGACGUGAUGGAGAAGAAGGACAAGUUCGGCGUCCGCGUGACGCCUCUCCACGUGUUCGAGGGAGGGCUCAUCGUCCGUCGCGGCGCCGCGGUCCAGCGCACGCUCGUCGUCGAGAACGCGAGCGACGAGAUGCGCGAGCUGGCCGGCGCCAGCUUCCUGCAGCGCGGCCCGGGGCCCUUCUCGAGCAGCUUCACGGGCGAGGACGGCGCGCUCGUUCUGACGCCUGGGGGGAAGGUGACCCUCACCCUCACGUGCCGCCCCAUCCUCUCCGGCAUGUGCAACAACGUGCUCAACCUCAACUUCGGCCACUUUGGCAUCGCCCGCUUCCUCGAGGCGCCGCCGCUGGGGUCGUCGUCGUUUGGCGGCGCGGCCGCCAACACGCGCCGGGCGCAGGCGGGGAAGCUACCACUCUACAGGAUCCCCGGAAGCCUCCGCGCGGCCGUGGGCAGCGGCGAGGCCGGCGAGGCCCUCGAGGCGGCCUGCGAGCAGAUGAAGCGGCUGCUGGGCGGCGUGAGCGAGGCGGCGGCGUUGGCGGCGUACAAGAAGGCGUUCCACGAGCUGCUGUGGGUGGAGGAGAUGCAGCUGAACGACGACCUGCGGGAGUUUGACCUGCGCGCCGACGACGCGACCGUCCUCACGCCGCGCGGCCGGCUGUUCGCCCUCGAGGUGCGCGGCCUCGCCGAGAAUCGGCCCUCCGUCCUCAAGGGCGACGUCAUCAAGGCCAACUUCCCCGGCGAUCCUGGGCGCGUCUUCGAGGGGCGCGCCCGGGAGAUCGAGCGGGAGACAGUGCUCCUGGAGUUCAACAACACGCGCUUCCAGUACGUCGCGGGGCAGCGCAUCGAGAUCAGCUUCGUUCUCUCGCGCACGCCGCUGCGCCGCUUCCACCAGGGCCUCGACGGCGUCGACAGGGCGGGCACUGCGGGCGCCGCCUCGAGGCUCUUCCCGGAGAUGGCCCACCUGGCGACCGCGCAGCUCCACGCGGCGCGCAGCGUCGCCGCGCCGCUGCGCCCCUUCGACCGGCGGAUCAACGCCCAGCAGCUGGCGGCGGUGACGGCGAUCGUCGAGGGCCGGGCGCGCCACGUGCCGUACAUCAUCUACGGGCCGCCGGGCACGGGCAAGACCACGACCGUCGUGGAGUGCGUGCUGCAGUGCGUCAAGCGCGUGACGGGCGCCGAACUGCGCGUGCUCGUCUCCUCGCCGACCAAUACGGCGGCGGACGUGCUGUGCAAGCGGCUCUCCGAGGGCGGGCUGGGCUCGAAGAUGGACAUGCUGCGCGUGAACGCCUACACGCGCAACCCGAACGACAUCGACGAGCGCGUGCUCCGCCACAGCAACUGCGCGCCCGCGGAGCGCACCAUCGAGAUGCCGCCCAAGGAGGAGCUCGAGCGCGUGCGCGUCGUGGUGGCGACGCUCACGACGGCGGCGAAGCUCUGCGGCGAGGGCAUCCCUCGCGGGCACUUCGAUGUGAUCGUCAUCGACGAGGCCGGCCAGGCGCAGGAGCCCGAGUCGCUCGCCGCCGCGUCGAUGCUCCUCGGCCAAGGAGGGCAGCUGGUGCUGGCGGGCGACCCGAAGCAGCUCGGCCCCGUCAUCCAUCACUCGCUCGCGAAGGAGCACGGGCUGAGCACGUCCGUGCUGGAGCGGCUGAUGGAGCGCCCCAUCUACCAGAAGCACCCGCUGCCGGGUGGCUUUGAGGAGUACGACCCGCGCGUGCUCACCAAGCUGCUGCAGAACUUCCGCGCGCACGAGACGCUCCUCGAGCUGCCAAACCAGCUCUUCUACGAGGGCGAGCUGCUCUGCCGCGGCGACGAGCUGCUCCUCAAGUGCUGCGAGGGCUGGGAGGGCCUGCCCAGCCAGGGCGUGCCCCUGCUCUUCGAUGGGAUCGUCGGCAAGGACCAGCAGGAGGAGCGCUCGCCCAGCUGGUUCAACGUGGACGAGUGCCACCGCGUGCUCGAGCACGUGAGAGACCUGCUGCGCGCGCACAACGGCUGCAGCGUCCGGCUGACGCCCGAGGACAUCGGCGUCAUCGCGCCGUACAACAAGCAGGUGCAGAAGCUGAAGCGCCUGUUCCGCGCCGAGCAGCUCGAGGGCAUCAAGGUCGGCAGCACCGAGAUGUUCCAGGGCCAGGAGAAGCGCGUCAUCAUCAUCUCCACCGUCCGCUCGAGCCCCGACUGGGUGGGCUGCGACGUGCGGCACAACCUCGGCUUCCUCGACAACCCCAAGCGCUUCAACGUCGCGAUCACGCGCGCGCAGGCGCUGCUCAUCGUCGUCGGCAACCCGAACGUCCUCCGCCUCGACUUCCAUUGGGGGUCGCUCCUCAAGCAUUGCGUCGACAACAGCGCGUACAGGGGCGUGCCGCUGCAGCCGAUGCCCGGCGCCGAGUCCGACACGGUCGCCACCAGCCUCGCGGGCGACAUGGAACAGCUGACGCUGGAUGAUGAGACGCCGGCGGAGCUCGAGAUGCCGCACUACGAGUGA